GUGACAGCUACAUGUUUAUAGGUUAUAUUAGACAUUUACGAAAUAUCAGAUUCAGCUUAACUCGGAAUUAUAAAUUAAUAACACCCAGGAAUUGUGAAUAAAAAUGUUAAGUGCUAUCAGAAAUACUUUACGUGUGCCUGUUGCGAAUGUGGCGCGUUUAAUUCAGACGUCAGCGCCAGUGGCGACGGAAAGAUUUGAUCACAAAAGAAUACCAGCGGACGAUGAAGGUGUACAGGGAGAAAAAAUAGUUGAUCUCGACGCCGUUUUGAAAGCUAAACAAAACAUAUAUCCAACAUUGGAAUCGGAUUAUCAAUUAUAUGAUGGGAUACCUUACAAAGACCUACCUAUCUGCAACGUAAGAGUGAGCCACAACAACACCAUCUUCACAAUGACAGAUUCUGCAGGCAAAGUAAAAGUCAUAAGGUCUUGUGGUAUGGAGGGAUUCAAGAACACUAAAAAGGGAACAAAUAUUGCAGCACAGACCACUGCUAUAAGUAUAGCUACUAAAGCAAUAGACAGGGGUAUUAAAUCAAUCAGAGUGAGAGUGCAAGGACUUGGGCCUGGCCGCUUGUCUGCAGUGAAGGGCCUACAAAUGGGUGGCCUCCAGAUUGUGUCAAUUACAGACAACACACAUGUAUCUUGGAACCCUCCAAGACCAAGGAAAGCAAGGAGAUUGUAGAUAUUUAUAAAUAUAGUGAUGUAUAUGUUAGUAAAUAAAAGAAUUUAAAAUAAUAUGAAGUUGUAUAAACUUAUGAUUUAAUGAAUAUGUACAGUUUAAAUAGAUACAUUUAAAACCCAUA